UCACUUCCUGGAUACUUUAAACUGUCAAACGAAACAAUAGUGAGGAUAAAGAGGCUGAAAAACAUCUGCUGUGGAUAAAGUUAUGCAUUUUCACUGCAGAAAGAAAGCUCAGUGAGAGGUGACGGAGCUGCAGGCGCUCAUGGAGGACUUCAGGAGGUCGUACCUGAGGCUGUGUAAGGAGGGAGGAACAGAUGCUCAGGAGUCAGUGCUGGCUCAGCUGCACGACUCGAGGACAGGGACGGGCAGCUGCAGACUGGACCUGAGGGGGCAGAGCGUCACUGUGGACACCUGCAGCGUGCUGGGAAGAGUCCUGCAGAGUGACGCCGUCUUCACAGAGAUCCUCCUCAGCGACUGCAUGCUCAGUGAGGAAGGUGUCAAGCUGAUACUAAAUGGGCUUUGCUCCAACACCACAGUGAAAGUUUUGGAUCUGAAGGGGAACAACAUGAGAGGAACAGGAUCUGAGGCUUUGGGACAGUUGUUAGUGAGGAACAAGAUCCUGCGCAGAGAGACUGAAAAUAAAUGUUUCAUUUUGUGUGCAGAUCUCAGAUGGAACAACAUUGGGCUGCUGGGCGGCCGAUCUGUACUGGAGGCAAUGCAGCAGAACCGCGCACUGAUCAAACUAGAGAUGGCUGGAAACAACAUUCCCAGCGACACGCUCAGGGCCAUCGAACAGUCCAUGAAUCACAAUGCAGACAGACAGUCGACACUGAGAGAGAGCCGGAGCAGGACUCAAGUGCUCAGCAAAGAGAUCCAGCUCCUAAAGGAUGAGAAAAGCCGACAGUUUCUUAGUAUGAUGGAGACCAUUGAUAGACAGAAAGACGAGAUGGGAAGAAGCAGCAGAAAUUCAUCCAUACGUCUGGGGCAGUUACAGGGAGUGCUGAGCGAGCAGAAAUCAUCUGUAAAUUCUCUCACAGCCAAACUGCAGAUGACGGAGGCGGCUCUAGCUCUGUCGGAGCAGAAGGCUCAUGAUCUCGGAGAGCUGCUGACUCGAGUUAAAAUGGAGAAAGCCGAGCUCAGAGACAGACAGUCCAGAGAGAUCAAGAAAGAGCAGGAGGCUAGUGCUCUGAAGGAAGCAAAGCUUUUGAAGGAGGUGAACAGCUUGUCAGAGAAGAACCUCCAGCUUAGGAACAAGCUGGAGGAGACCGAACGCAGAUGUAAAACACAACAGGAGCAGAUCUUUGAGCUGAAGCAGGAACUCACAAACACCACUGCUGAACUAAAGCUGCGUCUCGCCCAAACCGAAGAAAGGCUGGAAAUGGAGAAGAGAAGAUCCAAGCAGGCACUUGAAGACAUGGACAGUUUACGACAGAAGGAGGUGGAUCAUCUGACAAGACACCAGGAGGAGAGUGAGAGAGCUCUUCAAGAACGCAUCCUCAAACUUGAAGGACAGCGGAUCCAAUUAGAAGAAGUACUCUCAUGUUGUUCCAAACCCGACCUUGCAGGGAAAGAGCAGGUGAAAGUGGCAGAAGUGACACGAGUGCGAGUGGAACUACAGGAGCAGAUCGGCCACCUGCAGGCUGAAAGAACGGCACAGGGCGGCCUUAAAGAGAAGAUCGCUGCUCUGGAGAGAGAGAUGAAGGUUCUCAGUGCCACCCACAGAGAGGCCCUUCUGGACAAAGAGAGUGAGAUCUCGUCUCUGCUUGAGCGGCUGCGCAUUAGAGAAGGAGAGAUCCAGCGCAUACGUGAGGACGAGGCCCAGAGAGCCAGCUUCCUGCAGAAUGCCAUUCUCACGUACGUCCAGGGCUCUCCUCUCGCUCACUUCAGCCCCAAAAAGUGAACUCUUAUGUGAUUUUCCCACAGGUCUGUUAUACACUUUCCAUCAGGGUGCUUUGCAACUAUGCAUAAUAAAUCUACUGCAUAUUGCAAGUUUUUACAAUGCUUUUACAUAUUUGAGUGACAUGUUUUCAUGAAUUAAAAAAAAAAAUUCUACUAAAAUACUUUUAAGUGUAUAUAUUUGGUUCGGAAAAUGUAUUUUCAAAAAUUUCACUUUUUUUAAUGAAUAUUCACUUUUAUUUAAAAUGUUGGAGCUCUUUCAAAAAUGUGUCUUUUCAAAAUCCCCAGUGUGCCAUAUUGUCCAUCAACGCUCUUAUAUUACGUCACUUACAAAUUGUAUAUUUUAAAAGGAUUUCCACUGUCGGGAGUUCUUCACUUUUGUAAUGUGUGUUGGCUAUUAAAGCAAAUGUUUUUUUUUGUUUGUUUUUU